GGUGACUUCCUGUUUUUUUUUCUUGGGUGAAUGUGUCUGUCAUUCAAGUGUCACUUUGGAUGCUUUGUGCUGAAGCAGCAUCCACAGCAGCUCACUCUGCUUUUGUCACGCUGCGUUUUUUAUUUUGGUGGAGCUCAUGACUGACAGCCACAUGGUUCUGUCGGGUUUCACAACGGCCGAAAUGUUGGAGUUGGAGAGCAUCAAGAUGCACAAGAAAGGACUUCUGGAUGACAUCCAGAAACUCAAGGAUGAGAUUGACAGCGUAAUGGCCGAGAUUCUCAAUUUCGACUUGGCCGAGACCGAGGAAAGCAAAAGCGUGGGAAGGAAACAAUUCUCCAAUGGGAAGAAAAAGUUCAACAUGGACCCAAAGAAGGGUAUCAAUUACCUGGUGGAGAACAGGUUAUUGGAGAAGAGCGCUGCAUGCAUCGCCGACUUCCUCUACAAGGAGGAGGGCCUCAACAAGACGGCCAUCGGAGAGUUCCUGGGAGAAAGGGACGAGCUCCACCUGCAAACCUUGAAGGCCUUUGUGGAACUUCACGAGUUCUCCGACCUCAACUUGGUCCAGGCGCUGAGACAGUUCCUGUGGAGUUUCCGUCUGCCCGGCGAGGCCCAGAAGAUCGACCGCAUGAUGGAGGCCUUUGCCGCGCGAUACUGCCAAUGCAACGUAAACGUCUUCCAGUCCACCGACACGUGCUACAUCUUGUCGUUCGCCAUCAUCAUGCUGAACACCAGCUUGCACAACCCCAACGUGAAGGACAAGACCACGCUGGAGCGAUUCGUUUGCAUGAACAAAGGCAUCAACAACGGCCGCGACCUCCCCGUGGAGCUGCUCUCGAAACUUUACGAGAGCAUCCGCAAGGAGCCCUUCAAGAUUCCCGAGGACGACGGCAACGACCUGACGCACACGUUCUUCAACCCCGACAGAGAAGGAUGGCUCCUCAAGCUGGGCGGCCGAGUGAAGACGUGGAAGAGGCGAUGGUUCAUCCUCACCGACAACUGCCUCUACUACUUUGAGUUCACCACCCAGGACAAAGAGCCUCGAGGCAUCAUCCCUCUGGAGAACCUGUGCGUCCGGGACGUCCCCUUUCCCCGCAAACCUUACUGCCUGGAGCUGUACAACCCCAACAGUCGAGGUCAGAAGAUCAAAGCGUGCAAGACGGAGACGGACGGCCGCGUGGUGGAGGGCAAGCACCAAUCGUACGCCAUCUGCGCUGCCAGCGCCGGCGAGAGAGACUCCUGGAUCCACGCCAUCAGGGCGAGCAUCACCAGGGACCCUUUCUACGACCUGGUGUCCCAGCGCAAGAAGAAACUAAUCAAGCAGAACCAGGAGGACUGAACCAGACACCGGUCGACAGAACUCACGCGCCGGCGGACAUUUUGGAUCCAAAUCGUUUCCUAUUGACGGAAGCGGGUGUUGAGCAAGUUGUUGAACACGGUCGCCCGCCCGCCCGCCCGCCCGCCCGAUAAGUGGAGUGGCGCCAUCCGACGGAGAAAUGAAGCCCAAAGAUUAGAUUAGGCUCAAAAAGCGUGGCACGCCGCGAAAAUAGGAAUGUGUCUUUUGGGGAAGUUUGCUGACAAAUGAGGGUGCAGCUCUUUCAGGAUUGAACCAUUCAUCACUUCCUCUUGCCGGGGAGUCGACUUCUGCUUCAGAAAUACUUGUAAAUAUAAAAAAUAUUUUUUGCCGUUGAAUCAUUUCAUGACUAAUGCCUAAAAAUGGCUUUUUGUGUAAAAGUAUGUGUUACGUGUUGAGCAUUGUUCCUAAUAUAAAAGUGAAUCAAAGUGAA